AUGAACUGUCUUCGAGAUUUCAAGAGUGGAAGACGAUACCACAUCUUCCAGAACUUAAGCAUACGCAAUGACUACAAACUGCUAUCGGUAAUGGUAGUGAGUACAGUGGCAACGGGUCUGGUACCGGCAGUUACUUCUGUCUUGACAGGCAGGGUGUUCGACUUACUAUCGGUGUUUGUACUUAGUGGGGCCCAUCAUGAUCUGUACCCGCAACUGGUGCGAAGAUCAAUGGCAGUAAUGGCGCUUGGAGUUGCCUCUGUACCAGCCAUGUGGCUUUCAUUAACCGCUUGGAUGCGUAUUGGUGAAAGACAAGGCUUUAGAAUACGGUCGCAACUACUGGAGGCAUAUUUGGAGACGAAGCCGAUGGAAUGGUACGAUGCCAACGAAACUUUGCUAGGAGAUUUCACUCAGGUAAACAGAUGCGUGGAGGAACUGAGAGCAAGCUCAGCGGAGGCAUCUGCUGUAACGUUCCAAAACCUUGUCGCCAUAUGCGCCCUUAUAGGGACAUCGUUCUACUAUUCGUGGUCACUGACUUUGAUUAUCCUUUGUAGUUCUCCAGUAAUCACCGUAUUUGCUGUGAUAUUUUCCAAAAUGAUCCAUAUGUACACACAAAAGGAAAAUACAGAGACCAGCAAAGCAGCUCAGUUGUUCACAUGGUCGAUGAAUGCCGCUCAAUUAGUGAGAUUGUACUGUACUCAGCCUUUAGAAAGACAGAAAUUUCAAGAAAUUAUUUUGAGCUGCAACACGUUUUUCAUCAAGAGUUGUCUCUAUGUCGCUGCUAAUGCUGGGAUCCUGAGAUUCCUAACAUUGACAAUGUUUGUCCAAGGGUUCUGGUUUGGCUCUACCAUGAUCAGAAAGGGAAAAUUAAACAUCAAUGAUGUCAUCACUUGCUUCCAUUCGUGCAUCAUGCUAGGCUCCACUUUGAACAAUACUCUACAUCAAAUUGUCGUUCUUCAGAAAGGUGAAGUUGCUUUAAAGAAAAUUAUGGCUUUACUGGAGAGUAAUUCCAAACAGAAUGCCUUAAAUACUAGAAGGCAUAUCCAACCAGCAUUAGACUAUGCCGCUAGUGAUUUGGUUUUUGAGAACGUUUCGUUUGCAUAUCCAAGUAGACCUUCAGAAACCGUUUUGCAAAAAGUUAAUUUAAGAUUUCCUGCAGGUCAGUUCACUUUUAUAGUUGGAAAAUCAGGUUCCGGUAAAUCUACAAUAUCCAACUUAUUAUUGAAUUUUUACGAUAACUAUGAUGGGUCGAUCUUAAUCAAUGGCCGAAAUACUCAAUCAAUCCAACGAAAAAGCCUAAUCAGCAAUAUCACUGUUGUGGAGCAACGUUGUACUCUAUUUAAUGAUACCUUAAAAAAGAAUAUACUUUUAGGCUCAACAGGUUCAAUAAGAAAUGCUGACACCAACAUCAUUGGAAAUAACAGUAUAAUCAAAGACGCAUGUAGGAUGGCCCUCCUGGAUAGGCUGAUUCUAGAUCUCCCUGACGGACUAGAAACAUUAAUCGGGAGCGGAGGUGUAUCAUUAAGCGGUGGGCAACAGCAAAGAGUUGCUAUCGCCCGUGCAUUCAUUAGAGAUACUCCAAUAUUAUUCCUGGAUGAAGCUGUCUCUGCGUUGGAUAUAGUUCAUCGCGACCUAUUGAUGAAGGCAAUUCGACACUGGAGAAAAGGAAAGACCACAAUUAUACUGACACAUGAUCUAAGUCAAAUCGAGUCUGAUGAUCAUUUAUACGUGAUGCAAGAAGGUAGAGUUAUUGAAAGUGGUAUCCAAUCGGAAUUGUUGGCUGACUCCGCUACCACAUUCAGUAAAUGGUACUGUCUACAAAACGACUUUUCUGAUGCGAAAACUAUCAUCAAUACAGAGACUGAGGAAGAUUCUGUAUACACCACGGAAAGUUUUAACUCUCAACUGGAAACUCCCAAAAUCGGAGUAGACCUAAACAAAUUAGAGUAUAGUGAAACAGAUCAGUUAUCUUUUUAUGAAACAACUCAUCGCCAGAGAUCGAACUACAAGACAAAAAGAAUAAGAAUCGAGGACGAAGAAAACGUACAUACUGUAAAACAAGAAAAUGAUAUCGAAAGCUCAACCGGGCCCCAAAUCUUAAGCAUUUCUGCAAUCAUAAAAAGAAUGAUCAAGGAUAUUAGAUAUAAGAAGAUUUUGAUCUUAGGGUUAUUGUGCUCUCUCAUUGCCGGUGCCACAAAUCCCGUAUUUUCAUACACAUUCAGUUUCCUGAUGGAAGGAAUUGUCCCAUCCACAGAUGGGAAUACCGGUUCUUCAUUUUACUUGGCGAAAUGGUCAUUUAUUGUUCUUGGUGUGGCUGCAGCAGAUGGUAUUUUUAAUUUUUUCAAGGGAUUCCUGUUAGGUUACUGUAGUGAAUAUUGGAUUAUGGAUCUUAGAAGCGAAAUCAUGGACAAACUAACAAGAAAGAACAUGAACUGGUUUUCUGGUGAAAGUAACAAGGCUUCUGAAAUUUCCGCCUUAGUCUUGAAUGAUCUAAGGGAUUUACGAUCUUUAGUCUCUGAAUUUUUGAGUGCAAUGACUAGUUUUGUUACUGUAUCCACUAUAGGACUAGUCUGGGCAUUAAUAUCAGGCUGGAAAUUAAGUUUAGUUUGUAUAUCGAUGUUCCCGCUGAUAGUGAUUUUCUCAGCUAUUUAUGGUGGCAUCUUACAGAAUUAUGAAACGGAUUACAAAACAUCUGUCGCUCAGCUAGAAAAUUGCUUAUAUCAAAUAAUGACUAGUAUCAAAACCAUUAAAUGUCUACAAGCUGAAUUCUAUUUUCAAUUAUCGUAUCAUGAUUUUAAAAAAAAAAUGGAACAUAUUGCCUAUAAACGUGCCGUUGCUACGGGCUUUGGCAUAUCAGUGACAAAUAUGAUUGCCAUGUGUAUUCAGGCCAUUCUUUACUAUUAUGGACUAAAGCUGGUCUUGGUUCAUGAAUACACCUCAAAGAAAAUGUUUGAAACGUUCACCUUGCUAUUGUUCACUAUUAUGUCGUGCACUAGUUUAAUAGGCCAAAUUCCUGAUAUUAGCAGAGGCCAACGUGCCGCCAGUUGGAUAUAUAGAAUUCUCGAUGAAGAAGAGGAUACUCUAGAGAUUGAAGACAGCGAUGCGAGAGCACUAGACAUAAGUGGUGCUGAGUAUUAUAGAGACAAGAAUAUACCUAUUGUUUCGAUACGAAAUCUGACAUUUUCCUACCCAUCCGCUCCAAAUGUCCCUAUUUUUAAAAACAUGAACCUUGAAAUGUUUUGUGAACAAACAAUGGGAAUUGUAGGUGAGUCAGGGUCAGGGAAAUCUACACUCUCUCUUUUACUAACAAGGCUUUAUAACUGUGAGGCAAACAACAUUAUAAUUGACGGUACAGAUGUAAAUGAUUGGAAUUUGUCAAGUUUGAGAAGGCAAAUUUCAGUAGUUGAGCAAAAACCUUCUUUUUUCGAUGGCUCCAUUAGAGAUAACUUAACUUACGGCUGUCUGGGUGAAAUGCUUGAAGUUGAUAUUUACGACGUACUAAAAUACGUGGGGAUUUAUGAUUUCGUAGCUUCAUUACCUCACGAGCUGGAUACACGUAUUGAUACAAACUUAUUGUCGGGUGGGCAAGCACAGAGACUUUGUAUAGCCAGAGCAUUAUUAAGAAGAUCUCAGAUUUUGAUUUUGGACGAAUGUACCUCAGCUUUGGAUUCUGUCAGUUCUCAUAUUAUCAACGAUCUUGUUAGAAAAGGGCCACCUGGCCUGCUGACUUUGGUCAUAACACAUAGUGAACAGAUGAUGAGGUGUUGUAAUUCUAUCGCUGUUUUAAAACACGGUAAAGUAGUUGAAAAAGGAAACUUUGAUGAUUUAUAUAAUAAGGAAGGAGAAUUGUUUCGCAUUGUUUCUAACAGAAGUUAA